GGUGCAGUUACUACUAUUCAUGGGACACCCGAUGGAGAAGUGGAUGGACAAUUUAUGAGAGAGAUAUUGUAUGAAGACAUAAGUGAAUACUUGUUCUCUCUGAGCUCAGCAGAGGCUCGCUUAUCUCUAGUAUUCCAGUUCAUUGAUUUUUAUGGUGGGAAAAUCUCCUCUUGGGUUUGUACCAACAGUUCCAGUUGGACUGAGAAAAUUCUUGGCCUGGAGGAGCUACCAGAUUGUAUUGGGGAAAAUAUGAGAAGACUGCAUGAUGAUUUGACCAAAUUACAGAAUAAAUCUGGUCAAUUUAGUUUGGAAUUCCUUUGGGACAGUGCGAGAGGCAUCCUUCAGAGGACUGAAAUGAUGAAAUUUCUUCGCAAUGCUGCAUUACUUUGCUUAACUGCCUUUCCCCGUAAUCAUAUAUUGGAAGAAGCUACUCUUUUGGCCGAAGAACUCUUCGUAACAAAAAUGAACUCAUCUAGCUGUUCAGUUACCCCAUGUCAGGCUUUGGCAAAGCACCUUCUAAAAUGUGAUCGGCAGGUAUUUUUUAUUUGUUCAACCUGUCUAAAGGGGAUCUUGUAACUCC